CCGGGGGGGUUUUCGGAUGUUAAUACGAGUGAAUUGCGAGGAAGGAGAAAUCCUCUAAAAAAGCUUAUAAGAAUUUCCUUUGUAAUCAGGGGGUUAGGGCUGCGUCGAGUAAACCUUAUCAAUUUCAUUACAGCAAAUUUCCCAAUUCCUUACAAAUAUUCCUCCAUCCAUUACUCUACUUUCCUUAUUACAAUUGGAACCAUAACAUUAUGAAACAACAUUUUGGGAUUCCCUCGACCAGUGUUCGAUGUACCAUAGAAGAGCAAUUUUUAUGGAUUAUUAUUUUUCUCGAGAAAGGAACUGGGGAUUAUUGAACUUGGAGCUGCUCUAUUUCAAUUUUCUACAUGCUAGCAUUUUUUUUCGUUCGUUUCGUUACGCGCAAAAUCAAUUUCUCCUGAAAUCAGAGUUUUCGACGAGAAAAAUUCUAAACUCAGGCUCGUUGUUGAUUUAGGUCAUGGCAUUGUGGAAGAGACCGUGGCAGAAUGAUUUUGGGCACUUCAUUGGGUUCCUUAUCCAUGCGAGGCUUUACAGCUCCAAGGUGGACUUAAGCAAGCUCAGGCCAAUGAUUCUAAAGCGAAUCGAGAGCCGGGCCAAGGAAUACCCGGUGCGCAGCAUGGUGCCGGUAGCCCAGGAGGUCCUUAAGGCUCGAUCAGUCCUCUUCCAUGGCGUGUCCACUCUUCUCAAAGUCUUUCCCGUCAUGGCCUGCAAGUUCUGUCCAGAAGUAUAUAUCGGUGAGAAAGGUCACUUAAUUCAGACUUGCCAUGGUUAUAAGCGUCGUGCCAAGAAUCGUGUUCAUGAAUGGAUCAGUGGUGGUGUGAAUGAUAUACUUGUUCCAGUAGAAACAUUCCAUCUACAGAACAUGUUCCAAGACGUUAUUAAACACCACCAGAGGUUCGAUUUUGACCGUGUUCCUGCAGUUGUUGAACUGUGCUUGCAGGCUGGAGCUUAUCCUAAUGAUGAAAAUCUACACUCCAGCAGUACAAUUGAACAUGUACCUGCUGGAAUUGAAGGAGCAGACUCAUUGUCGCCUCAUGAACUAAUGAUGGUUGCCAAUAGAACUUUGAAAGCAUGGGAGAUGCUCAGAAGUGGUGUACUGAAGUUGUUGUUGGUUUAUCCGGCAAAAGUCUGUAAAUACUGUUCAGAAGUCCAUGUUGGGCCAUCUGGGCACAAGGCUAGGCUCUGUGGAGUAUUUAAGUAUGAGAGUUGGCGUGGAGGCCACUUCUGGAAGAAGGCAGAAGUAGAUGAUUUGGUGCCUCCUAAGAUUGUAUGGAGGCGGCGGCCUCAGGAUCCUCCUGUCCUUUUGGAUGCCCAUAGAGACUUUUAUGGCCAUGCACCAGCAGUGGUGGAUCUGUGCGCACAGGCUGGCAUUAUUGUACCAACCAAGUAUAAUUGUGCGAUGAAAGUGCAAGGUUUAUCAGGACCUGUUCAACUCAAAGUUUGGAGCAGGAUAUAAGUUGAUUUCUUAGCGGGUUGGCUUCAGGGAACUUGAUCUCAUUGGGUAUAGCUCAAUCCACCCGGAGAGUGAUAUUUUGGGUCACUCAUAAAAGGUUUAUGGGUAUGUAUUUUUGCUUCCAAUUUUGUUAGCAUGGCCAAUAACCCAACCAGGAAUAGAAUAAUAGUUUUAUAUGAACGCAUGUGGUUUAAUUGUGAUGUUUGUACAUUUCUCUUGGUAAUAAUCGGUUGCCUUGUAUGAUAGUUUCCUUCUGGGGAAAAUAGUUGCCCCACGUUAUACAAGUCGGUAACCUCAUGCUUUAUUUUAGAGUUUUAAAACUCCAUAAUUUUCAAAUUAUGCUUUGUCAUUGAAAACAUUUUCGUUACUUGUUCAUGAUAUCUAUACGGUCUAAUCUGAUUCACAAUUUUUUUGGA